AGCCGAGUAGUAUGAAGAUGGAUAAUACGUAUUCACCUCUCUCCACCUUUACCAACGCAACUCUCCGACCUACAUUCUUCUCCUCAACGUCCCACCUCAUCUCCUCCCCAACCACUCCAGAAGACAGGGUCCUCCUUAGUAACCACCACUACAGAAGAGACCCUACCUCACCCAGGCUUCAUACAAAGCGUCCCCAACUACUUCCUGUACAGCUGCCGCUCUAUGGAGUGUGAAGAUAGCCCUCCCCCUAGCUCUCUUCCUACAAACUGCAGGACACCUGCUGGUGAUCAGAGUCUGGAAGAGACACAAGAGAAGGUGUGAUAGUCUGGUGCUGGUGCUGAACUACGUGGCUGCCGAUACUGUUUUUGUGUUAUACUUAGUCAUAGUGUUCUCAUUAUCAAUCACCUCGUGUGUUCCCGUACAGAUCCUAUAUGAUAUCUCUAUCUCUCUCCCUAUAUCCGCUGUGUGUCUUAUCACCCUGAAGAGGUUUAUCCGGGUGGUAAAACCCCUGAGGUGCUCCUACAUCAUCACCAGGACCCGAGAGUUGCUGUUAGUCCUGGUUACCUGGGUCACGGUGGUGGUUACAGCGGUUCUAACACUGUUUGAGUGGUGUGAGUUGAGAAUAAACGGUGAUAUAGACUAUUGCUACUACUCGGAUGGGACUGAGGGGGUGUGUAGGGUCUACAUUGCUCUUCAGCUGGUGGUGUACUUUGUUGUGCCCCUCACUUUCACCCUCGUCAUGUACGGGUUAAUGUUGAGGGAGAGUAGGAAGGCUUUCCAGAGGGAGACUUUGAUUUCCUUCAUUCAUACUAACAGGACGAAAGACUACGAAAGUCCAAGACGACAAACAGGCACAACAAUAAUUAACUUAAACGUGACGAACAGUAUCACCAUCGACAGCGAUCGGCCUUGUAAAUUUAGUGUCCAGCAACAAGUUGAGGGAGAAAUUGUUAUGGAUAAUGUUGAUGAAGGAGCAGCUGAUAGUGACGCUUCUGGCAGUAGAGGACAGUUUUCAAGAUCAAGUCCAGGUGGUUCAACCCCUAGCUCCGGAAAAAGUGUCAAUAAACUGGAAAGUAACGACCUGAACAGACCUAAAUCAUGUCCUCGUCUUACGCAGAAAAGAUUAAGCAACACACACAGUUUCUCCAUCCAUGGGACUAUUUUAAUAAUGUUGUUCUGUUUCUUCAUCAGAUCUGUUCCCUGGAUACCGCAGAUUCUAGCACCACACAUUUAUAUUCCGGAGAGUGCUAACUUACCGAUGGUGGAGGGGAUGACACUUCUACAAUGUGUGGGAAUAGCAGCCUGCCCUUACAUCUUCAUCUUAACCAGUACUUCUAAAAUACGGAGACUACUACACACUGUGUCUAUGGCUCUGAUGAAUGCUAUUACUACUACUACUGGCAGUAAGAAACAAUCUAGAGUCUCUCCUGCUAAUAGUUGCGAUUGAGGGGUUGAAACUGGGGGUUUUAGUUCAUGAUCUGUUCAUAAUAAUGGUUUAUCUUGAGUUUUAUCACAUGUUUCCGAUGAAAUUAGAAGCUUUUAAGGACAGAGAAAUGAUUUAAUUUGUAAUGAAGAGGUUUAUUUAAUUUAUAGUACUAUCUUGUCUCAUUUCUGUUUUCUGUUCCCAAAAUCUCUAUAUACUUGAACAGUUAACUUUCACUUCACACC